AUGGCAGAAGGCAGCAUCAUCGGCGUGAACUGGGGUAGGCAAACAUCCCACAGAUUGAUCCCCUCCAUGGUGGUGGAUUUAUUAUUACAGAACAACAUUCGACAUUUGAAGCUCUUCAGUGCCAGCGGGAAUGUCCUAAUGGCCUUAUCUGGAGCAGAUAUCGCCAUCACCGUGACGAUGCCUAAUGAGAACCUUCAACAUCUUUUUAAUCGUGGUCUCGCAUCAUAUUGGUUGCAGGAGAAGGUUCGGAAAUAUCAAACUCAAAAUGUUAACAUAAGGUACGUGCAUAUUGGGAAUGAACCAUUCUCAAAACUUUCCCAUGAGAGUUUGUUCACAAAUGUUACCAGUUCAUUGAGAUACAUCCAGGAGAUGAUCGUCAGGAAUGGGUACGAAAAUGUUACUGCGACCACCCCACAUUACACUGAUGUCUUAAAGCCUGGCAUAAAAAAGCCAUCAGAGGCUGAAUUUCGCCCUGAUAUCAUGGAACUGAUGGUGGAAUUCGUGACCCUUCUCAAUACCAGCAAAGCUCCAUUCGUCGUCAACAUGUUCCCUCUUAUUUUCAAUGGAGAGAACAAUUGGGACCCAGAAUUCGCAUUCAUCGACAACAAGUCCAAUUUCACAAUCCAGGAUGACAACGGCCUCGUUUAUACGAAUGUGUUUGAGUUCAUUUACGACUCGUUUCUUCACGCAAUCAAGAAAGCUGGAGGACCUGAUGUGGAGCUGACGGUUGGCCAGAUCGGUUGGCCGACGGACGGCUACCCAGGCGCUACUUCCGCCAAUGCCGAGAGGUUCUUCGGAAAGCUCCUCCCUUUCGUUAAGAGCAGCAAAGGGACCCCAUUGCGCCCUGGAAUCUCCAUCGAGGUGUAUAUCCAUACCCUGGUGGACGAGAACUUACAUAAGAUCAAGUUGGGGGCUUUCAGGCGGCACUGGGGUGUUUACAACAACAACGGGCAACCGAAAUACAAGAUUGAUUUUACCGGACAAGGCCGAGACAUGUACCCGACUAGUGCUAAGGGUGUCGUGCUUAUGCCUAAACGCUGGUGCGUGUACAAUGGGAACAUAGACAAUGAAAUGUUGGUACAACAGAUGUUUGAUUAUGCGUGUCAAGAGGCUGACUGCACGCCGCUCGCUCCAGGAGGGUCGUGCCAGCACUUAGAUCCCAUCCAGAAUGUGUCGUACGCAUUCAAUAGGUAUUUCCAGAACAAGGCGCAGUACAACGAAAAGACCUCUACAUGUGAUUUUGGUGGUUUGGGGAAGGUGGUGCUGAAUGACCCGUCCGUCGGUACGUGCAAGUUUCCUAUUGAGAUAUUGGCAGCUGAGUCUGCAGAGACGAAAGGGUUGAAUAGCGGUGGGGAAAGGUUGCGAGGAUGGACACUGCUUUUGCCUUUAGUUUCCAUGAUUGGGAUAUAUGCAGUACAUGUGUGA